CGGCGUACGUUCCCAAACCGCCAUUUAGAGAGAGAGAGAGGAGAGAGAAACGGAGAGGCGCAGGAUUUCCGGGCACAAAUACCAUAUCCAUCUGUCCGUCUCUCCCCAGCUCAGCUGGAAGGUCCCAAAGGAAGGAGGAGGACGCUGGAUUGGUCCAAUCCAAUCCCUCCGUUCUCCUCUUCCUCCUCAAUCCAUCUCUCUCUCCUCUGCCCUCUCCUGCUCGUCAACAAGAACAACCGGAAGAGGCUGUCGAUUCUCUUGUAUUGAUCCAUCGGCGGCGCACACACGGGAUAAGCCACGCAAGAAGCGCGCGGCGACACCCCCCGUCGGAUGCGCGCGCGCGUUCCAUGGGCGUCUUGCCACCGUUGAUUGCGUCCUCGUAGCGUGCGCGUCCUGGAAGAUCGAGCGAGGAGGGGGAGGCGAGGAAGAAGAUCAGGCGGGUCGUCGGGAGAUUGCGCCGCCGUCGUUCCUCCCUCGCCUUUGAUGGGAAUCCCGUUCCAGCUCCAAGCCCAACAGGGAUUGCAGCAAGGGAGAGCCAUACUAUCAGAAACUAAAAUAAUGAUUAAAAAGGAAUCUACUCCAUCUGAACCUGCCGGGGGGCAGCCCACCAAAAACACAUCCAAUCCGUUGAAGCCAGCCAUGCCUGCAGCUGCCAAGGUGAAUGCUAUGGUUGGUAAUAGAACGUGGUUUGGAGGGCUUUUCAAUGGCUCGGGUAAAAGGCGACAAGUCAAUGCAGACAAGAACUUUGAAAUGACCCCGAUUCAGGAACAAAGGUUGCAAAAGUUGAAGGACAGGCUAAACAUACCUUAUGACGAAACUCGACCGGAUCAUCUGGAAUCGCUUAAAACUCUUUGGAAAGUUUCCUUUCCCGAUACAAAGCUCACUGGCUUAGUUUCAGAACAGUGGAAAGAUAUGGGGUGGCAGGGCUCAAAUCCAGCGACUGACUUCAGGGGCAGUGGAUUUGUCUCGCUUGAGAAUCUUUUAUUUUUCUCCAGAAGAUACCCGGCUGCUUUCCAGAGGUUGUUACUGAAAACACAAGGUUUGCGGGCCACAUGGGAAUACCCCUUUGCCGUCGCAGGCGUUAACAUUUCACACAUGUUGAUUCAACUGUUGGAGCUUAAUUCAGCUCGGCCGAAAUAUCUGCCGGGGAUUAACUUCGUCAGAAUGCUCUCAGAGCACGAAGAAGCGUUCGACAUCCUCUACUGUAUAGCUUUCGAGAUGAUGGAUGCUCAGUGGCUAGCGAUGCGUGCCUCCUACAUGCAGUUCAAUGAUGUGCUAGAAGCAACCAAGGCCCAGCUGGAGAGGGAGCUAUCUCUGGAGGAUCUCCACCGGAUCCAGGACCUGCCAGCUUACAACCUUUUGUUUAAAUAGUCUAAACCUGGAAAAUGUUCAGUUGCUUCUCUCCUGUAUAUACCGCUGGAACAGGCAAUUUUGCUACAAAAAUCUGCAUGUUUCCACCAUCACAGCCCGACAUGUAGAAGUAUGUUAUCGCUGAAGAGAUGAUAUGUGUACGAUA